AUGUCAAUUAAGCUCACUUUCAUCUUCAAUAACCUCGAAUGGAAAGUGAAACUGUUGGGUACAGAUCCCCGUGUUGGAUGGGCUCGUUCAACCGCUUACCGUGAAGAUACCGUGAAAGAAGAUACGACAUCGUUUAAUCGCAUAAUUGUCGACGCUAAGCGUUUUAUACCGUCAGUUACGGUGAGAAGCGACAACGUGUAGCAAUAGUAUUUGCGUCGUUCAAGGGUCGGGCGACAAUUUGAGCUGUUCUGGUGGAUUUUGACUUCAACUUUGCCCUUUCUUUAUUGUUUUAUGGUAAUUGAAAGGGGUGUUUUAGGUAAUAUUCUUGGAAGAAAGGUUUAAUAUUAGUUAAUUUUUACAUUAUUGUGGAACUAAGCUUGUAAAACCUUUACCUACAAAGCUUUGUGAUUCAUCUAUAUCCAAUUAAACCUAAAAAAGGCCUUUUGACUCAACUAUCUCAGCAUACCGACACACAUUUAUUGAAAUAAGCGAUGAUUUGAAGAAUGACCGUCCCUUAUAACUACAAUCUACCUGUUAUAUUGGUCUACUUUUUAUAUAUCCACCCUACCCCAGUAAAAUCAUCAUUUUUUCUACCCUCCUGUGGCUGUAGUGCUCCACCACCACCCCCACGUCAAUGUGGUCCUCCACCUCCAUGUAAUCGCCCUCCACCUCAAGCUUGUCCACCAUGUGAUUGUAGUGGUAUUCAACAAACGUCGUAUCAAGUACCGUCGCUUCUUACCAACAAUUACCGGGGAACCAGUGGAAAUUAUGUUAAAGCACCUAUACCUCCACUCUUACCUCCGCCACCACCCCCUCCAGCAGCCAAUUCGUAUCUUGUGCCACAACUGACGAAUGGUGUGUUACAGCCAAGUAGUAGCUUGAUUGAGAGCUACACUUUGCCACCAAGACAUGCUUCUACAAGCAGUUCUGGGCAUGGACAUGGUCAUCAUCACAGCAAGCUUUCUUGUGAGUUACGACUUUAAAAUGCUGUUACGAAACCUAAGUAUUAUAUAUCACUAUUCAAACCUAUAUAAAUAUACAUUUUAUAGCGAAAUCUGUUGACGAUGUAUACGACGAAGUACUACCUAAUGACAACAGUUUAUCCGACAUUUCUUUUGACUCAAAACGUCUGUCACCAAGCGACAUCUUCAUCAAAAGAAACAGGUUUUUGAAACAAUUGAGGGUACGUUCGUGCUGUUUUUAUUUGGUUUUUUUUUAUUAGUACCUUGCGCAGCCUUGCCUUCAGAUUUUAAAAACUAAAAACGUUUUUAAAUUAUUAAAAUCCAAACUUUGUUUUUUUUCAGAAUCGAGCUUUGCGACAAUUUUCCGGCAACUCAAAAAGUUCUCUACCUCAGUUGGACGAAAGAAGUUAUUUACCAUCUGUUUGUAACAACGAAAAGCUGGCCAAAGUUAUGGUUAAGGUAAGGUAUCAGUAGAUACUACUGAAGUUCCAGUUGUAGCUGGAGUAGUCAUGACUCAUACUUUUUUGUAACAAAAUUGUCAUCAAGAACACUAUCUUACUAAAUGAGGCCGCAGGCAUUUUUCACUUCAUAACUUUCAUUUCAGGCUAUGACAAAUGAUAUAACAGCUUCAAAAAAGUUGGUUCGUAAAGCAACAGAAAUGGCUUUCGAUGGCCAGAAGUUCGACGUUCUUUGUGCAAACGGUGACUUCAGCUACUCUGUCUACGCUAAACAGUACUGUGAAGCUACUCGUGGAAACAUAACUUGUUUUGCUUUCAUCUAA